GCUUUAUUCCUUCCUUAAAUCUAGAUACAAGUAUGCAACCGGCAGCAGGGGUCUGUGUAAAACCUGGUGGUGUAUCCGAAUGUUGUUUAGGUUUUCAUUUAGUUAACGGUAGUUGCCAGAAGUGUCCAGACGGUACAUUUGGUGCCGAAUGUAAGGAAUCAUGCCCAGAGGGGCGGUUUGGAGCACAGUGUGCAGAGGAAUGCACUUGUCCACCAGAUGUAUGUAAGAAGCACAAUGGCUGUCCCAAAACUGAACUUGUGGUUUCUGAAGUAGUCACUACAGAAGCACCUAAUACAUCUUUAUCGCCCUCUUACUUUACGUCCUCGACACAAGCAUAUUCCGCUUCACAGUCCUCAAUUUCCACAUCAAUAGAUGUAUCAACAGUACCUAGUAGUACUUUGAUUGCAAGAAGUACCAACAACUUAUCUGUACAAUCAUCUUUACCCCAGCUCAUAACUCCUACUCAAGGAAUUGCUUAUAGCAGCGACGUAAAGUUAGUGAUAGGAAUGGGAGCGGGAAUGGGGCUGCUUCUGGUUGUUAUCCUUGUGUUGGUGGCACAAAGAUGUCUGAGUAAGAAAAUGAAGCAAUACGACUCAACUAAGCACGUCAAAUACAAACCAUCUGAGGAAAGAAGUUUAUCUGUAGUAUAUCAAGAAAUUAAUUACGAUUUGAUGGAAGAGACAGCAAUUGUGAGAAAAUCAAGCAAAGAAUACAAACAAUAUCAAGUGAUUGAGAAAGAAAGCACCACAGGUUCCAAAUAUGAAGGAAUUCAACCAUGUGGGUUACAUGCUAAAGUCAACUCGUCAACAUACCUCGACGUUGAGCCACCUGAUAUCCAAUCACCCAUUGAAGCUCAAAGAGAACCCUUAUCUACAGAAAAGAAAUAUUCCUAUGUAGAAGUAGUCGAACCAUUAGUCCAUAGUGACAUCAUAUCCUCUGCUACAGAAUACAAGAAUGAAACCCCCGCAUUGUAUGAUGAGCCUGAUUUAACUGAGUGUGGUAGUACCACGGCCCUAUGUCUUUACAGCGAUACUGGAAAUGUUGAAAUUGCAAUUAAGACAUGCACAGAAAAAUCUGAAGACAGGAUAGACCCUGCUUAUCUUGAUGUAAUCAACAUUUAAAAAUGUCACAUUUUCUUUUUUCACUGAGUUUUACUUCUUAGUUGGUUUGCAAUACGUCUAAAGCAAUUUGGAAAUUUAGAAGUGUUAAACACGAA